AUGAUUUCUGUCUGGAAGGAAAUUGUUGUUCCGAUUGCCUCCAAAACGUUAUGGUUUGGCCGUUUGCCAGUGAACUGCAGUGAUGCUGACAUCCGAACUGCAAUUGCAAGUGCUGGCGACAUCACCCGAAUUAAUUUGAUCAAUUCGCGGGCUUGUGCUUAUGUAACUAUGAGCUCUAGAAAAGCUGCAUAUGAUGUUCUACAACGGUUGGCAAGAGAUCUGCAAAUUCAGAGGAAAAUUGUAAAGGUUGACUGGGCAAAAGGGACUGGAAUGAAGGCAAAUGAAUUAGCUAAAUAUUGGGAUAGCGAACGUGGUCUCUCGCUUAUACCCUGGAAUGAACUCCCAGACGAUAUGGAACGGUUCUGCGAAGGAUCUUAUCUGGAUGUCGAAACGCUCCCGCCAGAAAAAAGAAAUCUGCUGACUGAUACGGGUGCCAAAGUGAGUACAUCCCCCAAUAAUGCUGCUCCGCCAAAGACAGAUACUUCAUCACCACAUUCACCACAGUCAAAUUCCAUGCAUGCAUCCCCAAUCAAAUCUUUGGUACCAGACUCACCGGCUGUAAUUCAACCAGUACAUCAUGCACCACCGCAGGCAGUCCCGCCUCCUUCUCCAUUUCCUCCUUUUAUG